AUGUCAAAACACUGGCUCAAUCAUUUGAAUCCCUCAACUCUUACUUAUUACAAACAACCAUUGCAUAUUGUUCGUGGAAAGAUGCAAUAUCUGUGGGAUUCUAAUGGAAAUAAAUAUCUUGAUAUGAUUGGUGGUAUUGUUACUGUAUCUGUGGGUCACUGCCAUCCAAAAGUCAACGAUGCCCUAAAGAAACAAAUAGACCAACUUUGGCAUACUUCAUCUAUUUACCGAACAGACCCAAUUGUUGAAUAUGCAGAAACUUUGACCAAAAAAUUGCCUUCACAUUUGAAUACUUGCUUUUUUGUAAACUCUGGGUCUGAAGCUAAUGACUUGGCUUUAGCGCUAGCUAGGCUACACACUAAUAGAUUUGAUGUGCUUAGUCUUCGAGGUGCCUAUCAUGGAGGAACUCAAGCCAUUCUGGGUGCUACUAAUCUUGGAAAUUGGAAGCAGCCAUUCCCUUCUGGCUUUGGAAUCAUUAAAAUAAAAUGUCCAGAUGCUAGAGGGCCGUGGGGUGUUGGAAAGUGUAGAGACUCUCCUGCUGUAUCAAAGAAUAGUUGCAAAUGUGAAAAUGGGAAAUGUAUUGCGUUUGAAUCCCAUAUGGCAGAAUUGCGUGACUGUCUGGAUCAUGACUUCCCUCAAAGCAGUGGCCCGGCUGCUUUCAUUGUUGAAUCAAUCCAGGGAAUCGGCGGAACAGUACAAUACCCAAGAAAUUAUCUUCAAGCAGCCUUCAACACUAUCCACUCCUGUGGAGGUCUAACAAUAAGCGAUGAAGUUCAAACUGGUCUAGGUCGACUAGGCUCUCAUUUUUGGGGUUUUGAAUUUCAACAAGCAAAACCAGAUAUUGUAACAAUGGCAAAAGGAAUAGCAAAUGGUUUUCCUAUGGGUGCUGUUAUUACAAGCAAAGAAAUUGCCAACUCCCUUGGAAAAGCUUUGUAUUUUAAUACUUAUGGUGGCAAUCCGUUAGCUUGUACUGUUGCAAAGGCGGUUAUAAAAGUUUGUAAUUUAAUAAAAAUUCUGAUUUUUUAA